UUUGCGCGCAUGUCAGUGGCCGGCAUUACGCUUGCUGCCAUAAUGCACCAUUACUUAUUUAAAAAAAUCUCGUAAUGCACUUAAAUAAUAUUUAUGAUGCUUGCCAUAGAUUAUACACUUAAUAUUUGAUGCUUGCAUUGCAUUGCAGCUCUCAAGUAUAAUAAGUGUAUAAUCUAUGAUUGCAGCACUUGUUAAUUGGCACUUACUUGUAUAGGAUGGCGGCUAAAAAAAAUGGUUUUGUUGAUAUCGGUGAUGGUGAUUCACUAAAGACUACUAAAAAAUCAUACGAGCAAGACGAAAAAUUAAUUAAUGGUAAAAUAAAAGAUCGCAAAAAUGGUUACAUGAAGUCCACGCAGUCUAAUGGAUCAACGCCGAAGAUGACACAAGUGGAGGGAGGCGGCCUGCCAAAGAUAGACUGGUCCAAGUACGACACGUUCCCGGGCUCGUUCGAGAAGUGUUCCCUACUGACCGCCGUCCUCACGCACGUUGGACUUUACGUUCUCAUGUUCCUGGGCUUCGUCAACCAGCUCAUAUUCAAGCCUAAGGCCGCCACCGAGAAGAACAGAGAGGGGUACGCUCCGCUGUACGAUCCGUUCGAGCAGUUCUUCUCUCGGUACGUGUACCGGCGCGUGCGGCACUGCUUCAACCGACCGAUAUGCUCGGCGCCUGGAGCCGAAGUCGUCCUCAAGGAGUGGGAAAGCACCGAUCACAAUUGGACUUUCAAGUUCACGGGCGUGGAGCGGCGCUGCGUCAACCUGGGCUCGUACAACUACCUGGGGUUCGCGGGCGGGGAGGGCGCGGAGGGGGGCUGCGCGCGCGCCGUGGCCGACGCCGUGCGCCGCUACGGCAUGGCGCAGGGCUCCUCGCGCGCCGAGCUCGGCACCACGCCGCUGCACCUCGAACUGGAACGGGCCGUGGCUGACUUCUUGGGGGUCGAGGACGCCAUCGUGUUCGGAAUGGGGUUCGCCACCAACACGCUGAGCAUACCGGGGCUGAUCGGGCCGGGCACGCUGGUGCUGAGCGACGAGAACAACCACGCGUCGCUCAUCCUGGGCCUGCGCCUGUCCCGCGCCACCGUGCGCGUGUUCCGACACAACGACGUGCGCCACGCCGAGGAGCUGGCCCGCGCCGCGCUGGCCGAGCGCCGCUGGGCCAACGUGCUGCUGGUGGUGGAGGGCGUUUACAGCAUGGAGGGCUCUGUGGCGGCACUGGAGGGCCUGGUGGCGUUGAAGCAGGCGCUGGGGCUGCACCUGUACGUGGACGAGGCGCACUCCGUGGGCGCUCUGGGGUCCACGGGCCGCGGCGCGCUGCAGCGGUGCCGCGUGCUCGCCGCGCACGUCGACGUGCUCAUGGGCACCUUCACAAAGAGCUUCGGCGCGGCCGGGGGGUACAUCGCAGGCCCGCGGCGGCUGGUGCAGUGGCUGCGCGCGCACGGGCACGCGCACGGCUACGCGCACAGCAUGUCGUGCGGCGUGGCGGCGCAGGUGCUGGCGGCCGUGCGCGCGCUGGACGCGGCGCCGGGCCGGGCGCGGGUGCGGGCGCUGGCGCAGAACACGGCCUACUUCCGCCGCAGGCUGCGCGAGCUGGGCGUGGUGACGUUCGGGCACGACGACUCGCCGGUGGUGCCCAUGCUGGUGUACACGUUCAGCAAGAUGGCGGCCACGGUGGAGCGCCUCACGCGCGCCGGCGUCGCCACCGUCGGCGUCGGCUUCCCCGCCACGCCGCUCAACAUGGCGCGCAUACGUUUCUGCCUGUCGGCGUCCCACACCCGGGAGCAGCUGGACCGGUGCCUGCUGGCCGUGGAGCAGGUGGCGGACGAGCUGGGCCUGCGCUACUCGCGCCGCCGCCCCCUCGCGGAGCCCCGACCCUCGUAAACCUUCACGCUGCACAGAUACAAAUAAAAGUUGCAUGAAAUGCAUACUUUAACUGUUAUGAAAUUCGCGAAUCGAUCAUAGAAAAUACUUACUCGAGUUAAUUACAUACUUGUUUAAUUAAAAGUUUCGUGGUGGGUUGGAUGUUCUGAUGUUCCGCAAAAGGGCGCCGCGUCCCCGCACUGGCCCCGCACUCUGUGUGCACACCAUCACUAAAGAUGUAAUGAAGUACCCAUAUACUGAUGUGAUCACUGAAGUGCACCUUUAAAAGCGGAACAAUAAGCAUUAUUAUUGCAUUUAAUUAUUUUUAUGAAGAUAACAUUAAGUAUCAGUAGUGAGCAGCGGCACGAGUCCGCGAGACGGCGGGCGGGCACUGAAGAGAACUUCUAAAAUUAAAUUGUGUUCAAAGUGCACAAGGACUAUAUUGGAAUGCACUGAAUGUAAUGGAAUGAGCUGCAGCCUCAAUUGAUUUAUGAAAAACUAGUUCAUCUUAUUAUAUGAUAUUAUAUAAGCUGAUGUAGAUCAAUAAACAAUCGAAGACGCUUCACACUGCGUCACCCGCCCACAGACCUGCGCGGUCUGUGCGUGCAAACCGGGCUCACCGACAGUAUUGGGGGCCGCCCCCGCCGCCGGCAAACCGGACUGGGACCACCUGUUUCUUCACAAAUUGAUCAGUCCAUGUUCACAUCGGGUCCGGUGGACCGGCGCACGAGUCUUCAUGAGCGUGUUCGUGUGACUAUUUUUAUACUCAAUAAAUUAUAUUUUGUCACGCUG